AUGCCGUUGGAAGACGCGGACUUAAUCAGCGCGAGGGGGCCUGUGAUGUCGGAGCUUUUGCGGCGAAGCCCCAUCCGGCUUCUCCAGUUCACAGGUAUUGCUGCUGCUGCUGCCUCCGCACUGUGCACCCCUGCAUCUUCGCUCCCCUUUCCUUUCCCACGGCUGCCACCGCAGCACAGCAGCAGCAGCAGCAGCAGCAGCAGCAGCAGCAGCAGCAAGAGUGGUGCGUGUGUUGCUGCUGCAGGCAGCAGCUCGGUGGCGCGGGAACUCUCGCUGCUGCUGCAGGGCCGCGUGCGAAUAGAAGACGGGGGUUUUAAUUUUAAGGUUUUGGGAAAAGACAUAAACCCUAGCGAGCAGCAAACCCUCGCCUACGUGGCCUGGCAGGCCGACGAGGACGCCUACGCGCUCUCCGGGCAAAAGUGCUCGGCGCAGUCGCUGCUGCUUGUGCACCGCAACUGGGUUGCUGCGGGGCUGCUGCAGCUUCUUGCUGCUGCUGCUGCUCGCCGCUCUCUCCAAACCCUCACAAUUUGUCCCUUGUUGUCUCUAAACAACCAGCAAAUGCACCGCCACGUGCAGGCGCUGCUGGCGCUGAAGGGCGCCCGCCUGCUGUUCGGCGGCUACCCGCUGCAGCAGCAGCAACAGCAGCAACAGCAGCAGCAGCAGCAGCAGCAGCAGCAGCAGCAGCAGCAGCAGCACUCAGUGCCCCCGCAGUUCGGGCUCUACGCCCCCACUGCCGUUUCGCUGCCGCUGCAAACCCUCGCCUUCGACGCUGCUGCCCGGCAAGUGGCACUUCAGGAGGUUUUCGGGCCACUACAGGUUAGCAGCAGCAGCAGCAGCAGCAGCAGCAGCAGCAGCAGCAGCAGCAGCAGCAGCAGCAGCAAGCAGCACCAGCGAACAGCGGCAGCAGAGGGGGCCCCCAGGGCCCCUGUGGAAGGGCCCCUGUGGGGCUCCCCAGAGGCCCCACAGAGGGGGUUUGCUGGGGGUUCGAGGCUGCUGCCCCCAGGGGGUUUGGGGCCUGUGGAGCUAGGAGAAAUCAUUUUCGACAAUGGACCCGUGCCAGCGGAUUGGAAGUGGCCCCCUCCUUCCUAA